AAACAAAAGGAAGUCAUGGAGAAGAAUGGAAACAACCACAAACUUCGUGUUUGUGUUGCUACUUGCAACCGUGCUGAUUAUUCAAAAUUAGCUCCCAUUAUGUUUGGUAUUAAGGCAGAACCACAGUUUUUUGAGCUUGAUGUUGUUGUGCUUGGUUCCCACCUGAUUGAUGAUUAUGGUAAUACCUACCGUAUGAUUGAGCAAGAUGACUUUGAUAUUCAUACAAGAUUACACACCAUUGUGAGAGGGGAGGAUGAGGCAGCUAUGGUGGAGUCGGUGGGCCUUGCAUUAGUCAAGUUACCCGACGUGCUCAACCGCCUGAAGCCUGACAUAAUGAUAGUUCAUGGGGACAGAUUCGAUGCUUUGGCCCUGGCCACAUCUGCAGCCCUCAUGAACAUCCGCAUUCUUCACAUCGAAGGUGGGGAAGUCAGUGGGACCAUCGAUGACUCCAUCAGACAUGCCAUAACCAAACUGGCCCAUUACCACGUGUGCUGCACAAGGAGUGCAGAGCAGCACUUGAUAGCCAUGUGUGAAGACCACGACCGCAUCCUUUUAGCAGGCUGUCCUUCAUAUGACAAGCUUCUCUCUGCUAAAAACAAGGACUACAUGAGUAUUAUUAGCAUGUGGCUAGGUGAAGAUGUCAAAACCAGAGAUUAUAUAGUUGCUCUGCAACAUCCUGUAACCACAGAUAUUAAGCAUUCCAUAAAGAUGUUUGAGCUGACACUAGAUGCACUCAUCUCCUUCAACAAGAGAACACUUGUCCUAUUCCCUAAUGUGGAUGCAGGAAGCAAAGAGAUGGUUCGUGUGAUGAGGAAGAAGGGCAUUGAACACCAUCCCAAUUUUCGGGCAGUAAAGCAUGUGCCAUUUGACCAGUUCAUUCAGCUAGUUGCUCAUGCUGGCUGUAUGAUUGGUAACAGCAGUUGUGGUGUUAGAGAGGUGGGUGCGUUUGGUACACCUGUCAUCAACCUGGGGACACGUCAGACAGGAAGAGAAACAGGUGAAAAUGUUCUUCAUGUUCGUGAUGCCGAUACGCAAGAUAAGAUUCUUCAUGCUUUACAGCUGCAGUUUGGGAAGCAAUAUCCAUGCUCAAAAAUAUAUGGAGAUGGUAAUGCUGUUCCAAGGAUUUUGAAGUUCCUUAAAUCUAUUGACCUCAAAGAACCAUUGCAAAAGAAAUUCUGUUUUCCUCCUGUCAAAGAUAAUAUCUCUCAAGAUAUUGACCAUAUUCUAGAGACACAGAGUGCUCUGGCAGUGGAUCUAGGUGGAACAAAUCUUCGAGUAGCAAUUGUCAGUAUGAAGGGUGAAAUAGUUAAGAAGUAUACCCAGCUCAACCCUAAAACCUAUGAAGACAGACUGGCAUUAAUUCUAAAGAUGUGUGUAGAGGCUGCAUCAGAGGCAGUAAAUGUAAACUGCAGAAUUCUGGGAGUAGGUAUUUCCACAGGUGGACGGGUGAACCCUCGAGAAGGAAUUGUGCUUCACUCUACAAAACUCAUUCAGGAGUGGAGCUCUGUGGAUCUCAGAACUCCAAUAUCUGAUGCUUUGCAUCUUCCAGUCUGGGUGGACAAUGACGGAAACUGUGCUGCUCUAGCGGAGAGGAAAUUUGGUCAUGGAAAAGGAAUAGAAAAUUUCGUAACACUGAUUACUGGUACAGGAAUUGGAGGUGGAAUCGUUCAUCAACAUGAAUUGAUCCAUGGCAGUUCUUUCUGUGCUGCUGAGCUUGGGCACAUUGUUGUAUCUUUAGAUGGACCAGAGUGCCUGUGUGGCAGCCAAGGAUGUAUAGAAGCAUAUGCCUCAGGAAUAGCAUUACAGAGAGAAGCUAAGAAACUGCAUGAUGAUGAUCUGCUUUUAGUAGAAGGAAUGUCAAUAAAGGAGGAGGAGAUUGUUAGUGCUGCACACCUCAUUCAAGCAGCUAAACUUGGGAAUUCAAAAGCAGAGAGCAUUCUCAGAACAGCUGGGACUGCACUGGGCCUUGGCGUUGUGAACAUUCUACACACCGUGAAUCCAUCUCUUGUGAUCCUUUCUGGAGUUCUAGCAAACCAUUAUGUUAAUGCUGUCAAAGAUGUGAUAAAUCGACAGGCGCUGUCCUCUGUUAAAACAGUGGAUGUAGUGGUCUCAAAUCUAGCAGAUCCUGCUCUUCUCGGAGCUGCUAGCCUGGUUCUGGAUUAUACUACACGUAGAAUAUACUAG